AAUAGGUACUUACAACAAUUUACAAGGUUUUGUUUAAAAUUUCGUAGUGAUCUAUGUUCUAUUCAAGCGGUAUAGGUGAUAUAGGUGUCUUACUAAACUGCUACAGAACAUUGUUUUUAAAUCGAAUCCAUACAAAUUUUACGAUAAGUCCGACAAAAAUAUACAAAUACAAUAUUAUUUCCCUUUUUGCGAAAAUAUUAAUUCCUUUGUUGCCGGUAACUUAUAUAAGGGUGAAUACACCGUCCUUGAAGACAUCGAGGAUCUAAUUUGAAUAAAAUGUGCACAUUAUCUACAUAUAAAGAGAUGAUAAUGUUGUUGUAACGCCAGCAGUGAUGUGAAAGCGUUCCAACCAGUUUUAUAAUACUGUCGGCCGGCGUUCAGCACAAAAACCGGUUUGAUUGUAAAGGGAGGGCUCCGCACGACUCGCAGAACCAGUCUGUACGCCACCGCGCGGGGCUCAUGCACCGUUCUGCAGCUGUUAUCGCAGUGCUACAUCAGUCUAUCAAACAAUGUACAAGUUCAUAGAAGCCGUACGAGCAUACCCCUGCCUUUGGAACCCACAACAUCCUAACUACCCCGAGGUGCACGCUCGAAGUCAAGCCUGGCAGAAUGUCAUCAAAGAAAUUAACGACAGCUCCAUACCAAACAUAAAAGCGGCACGAACCGAAUGGAGGAAGCUUCGUGACAACCACAGAGAAGCAUUGAAAAGAGCAAAACUUGGGCAAAACAAAUUAUUACCCGCUCAAGUAACCACUUGGAAAUAUGCCAAGGCCAUGCAAUUUCUUGAACCGCACAUGAAAUACCGUAUAACAGAAAAUAUUGAAAUGGAUCCACCAGUAAGCACGGGUUCUAAAAGUUCUGAACACGAUGUUUCUACAACGAAUGCUGUUGAGGUCAUUAAAUCCGACAUACCUCUUAAACGCCGUUGUCCUGACCACGAUCAAACUGCUUCAACUAAAGCCCACCACGAAAAAGACACAGAUGCAUUGGAAUCGUUCUUCAACUGUAUACUAAAGAGCACAAGAGACAUGCCGCCGUGGAUGCAAACACAAGUUAAGAAAAAAAUAUUUGCUGUCAUCAUUGACGCAGAGGAGAACUUAUCAACACAAGCACAAAAGACACCUGAAGAAUAUGGAAACAAUUUUAUUAUUGAACAUAAAAUAAAGACUGAAUACUUUGGGGACACGUAAUCAGUACUGAUGCUACCAGCUACUUGAACAAGGCUAUGAUCGAAAUCGGGAGAACUUCAAAUGGGUCCUGAACUCUUGACUGAAAUUAAUUUUAUACUUUUCGCUUGUAAUAACAUUAUUUUGGCAAUAAAUCAUGGCCUAAAUAUUUAGGCAUGAAAAGGAAUACAUUCCUUUUCUUUCGCACAUGUGUUGGGUCCAAAUUAACUUAUGAAGACUAAGAAACAAAUUAA